CUGGUAUCUUGCACACAUCCUGACUGUUCGAGGUGGCUUACUAAAUGUAUCUUGUGUAGUGCCGACGUCAACUACCACCACGCCGGACGCAACUUUUCACACUCACCUAACCUCCUGCCUUAGUUGAUCACGCUGAGAAAGAAAGACUGGAAGAAAGGGGGUGGCAGGAGUAGCGAUGGGGAAGACACGCGUGGCACUCUUCACUGUUUUCACCUGCAUCUCCCUGACCAGCCAAACUUUUCCUACCAAGAACAAUGACGAUACAACAUAUCCAGAAGGAGGCAACGAUUCCCCACCCAGUAAUAAUGCAGGACUGAGAAGCGUAAAGAUCGAUGUCUUUACCACAUAUCACAACUAUGUCCUCUUCAACAUGAGUAACCUUGAUCCCAGUAAACACCAGUACAGAAUCAAGAUUCAACCCCUGGCGUGUGAACAUCCCUUUCCAUUCAGUACCUGGAAAGACAUAUCCAAAUCGAUAGUCAACAUGAGAUUCAAUGUUCGUCCCUACACCAAUAUGACUUUGGAAGUACAAGAUAAGAUCACCGGCAAAAUAAUAGGAAGGAAUUCCACAAUCACGCAUGCUAAAGAGCCUGAAGCUAUGGUGACAGAGCUGGAAUGUAAUACCAGGUAUUGCAUAGCUACCAUAGAUGACAACUGCUGGAAGUACAAUGAUUACAAUAUGACAGUGCAAUUCACUCUGAAGCCAUCGAGUAAAGAACUGAGGAAACCCCUCGUCACAAAGCGUGCUGUUAUCAACUCUGAGGGAAAAGCAGAAAUACCAUUAAAAGGCCUGGAUCUGCUGCCUUUUACGAACUACACUGUAACCGCCACCCUCGCCAACAACAUGGGCGUCGCCACCAACUCUUCCCUCACCAAUGAAGCCUCCUUCACCACAAUGGCCGAAAACCCCGGCAAAGUGAGCAGACUGGCAGUGACACAUUCAACCCCUAAUUCCUUGCACGUAGAGUGGAGCCCCCCGGCCGACGACCCACCCAAGGGAAAACUAAAGAAAUAUGAACUGGUUUGGAACAUUCACGACCAGACUUCGAAUAAAGAGAAUGUUAAAGUCAUGCACAAUAUUGAAAAUUUCACUAUUACUGGACUGGAACCAAAUACUCUUUAUGAUAUCAAGGUAUGUGUCCUUUUACACUAA